UAAAUUUCAAAGCCAGCAGGCCUGGAUGUUGGGUGCCCGAGGUCCUGCGGCCCUGGGAUGGGGGCGAUAAUGUCCCCCAUUAAAGGGGUACCCCUCAUCUUGACGAGCUAGGGGCAAAAGUAUGAGACGGUUCUUAUUUUGUCCGAAGGGGGAGCAAACCAGCACAGCAGGGGACCCUGCACCCUCUACAUGAGGUGCAAACUCCACCCACUUCGACCUGCUACCAGCGAGCGGCCCACUUGAGAAGCAGAUGGAGGGAGCCGCGACAGAGCCGUGGACCGGGCCCCGAAUCCGCUCGCUGAUCCCGCAACCCCCCACUUCCUCCCACGUGAGCGCCUGAUUUGGGGCGGGGGGAGAGAAGGAGGCGCUGCUGUGCUGCUCGUUCCGCGACUCCCCGUAGUUUGGACCCUCUCCGCUUCCCGUCCGCCCGAGGGUGACCGAGCGGCGGAGAGCAGGUGGCGCUCCAGAAGGUGGUGGCGGGGCACGGUCGUUGCGGCACCCGCCUCCCUUCCUCCCCUUCAUAAGAUGGCGGCGUGUCCUCCUCCUGCUCAGCAGUUCUGCGUGGCCGAGGAACGGAGCGGCCACUGCGCCGUGGUGGAUGGGAACUUUCUCUAUGUGUGGGGGGGAUACGUGUCAAUUGAAGAAAAUGAAGUGUAUUUGCCUAAUGAUGAGCUUUGGCUCUAUGAAAUUGAUAGUGGGUUAUGGACAAUGCACCUAAUGGAAGGAGAGCUACCUACUUCUAUGUCAGGAAGUUGUGGAGCUUGCAUUAAUGGGAAGCUGUAUAUAUUUGGCGGAUUUGAUGAUAAAGGAUACAGUAAUCGGCUGUAUUAUGUUAAUUUGCGAACAAGAAAUGGAACCUAUAAAUGGAAAAAAAUUACAGACUUUAAAGGUCAGCCUCCUACACCACGUGACAAGCUUUCCUGUUGGGUGUAUAAGGACAGAUUAAUAUAUUUUGGUGGUUAUGGAUGUAGAAAACACAAUGAACUGAGUGAUUGUUUUGAUGUUCAUGAUGCAUUUUGGGAAGGGCAGAUAUUUUGGGGAUGGCAUAACGAUGUUCAUGCUUUUGAUACAAACACACAAACUUGGUUUCAACCAACAAUUAGAGGUGGAGUUCCACCUCAGCCUCGAGCAGCUCAUACGUGUGCUGUGCUAGGAAAUAAGGGUUACAUCUUUGGAGGACGAGUGCUGAGGAAACUGCUGCAAUCCUCACAAAAGGCCACCAAGAGGACAACAACCUCUUCUACCAGGGAACAUGCUAAAAAGAAAAGAUCCCCAGCGUGCUUGAUGAUAUGGGUACUGGCCAGAGCAAGGUUGAACACCUUUGAGUCGGUGGGAUCCUCAGAUAUCGCUGGUACCAUUAACGCCAAGGACCCUAAGAGGGUGGACUCAGAAAGGAGUGGCAGCGAUAAGCCUAGCUCUUCCAUGCUGGCAUUGACUGAGCCACUCAGACAUGCAGCACCAAGCAGAUUGGCACCGCAACAAUUUACCAAUCCCUUAGCGGAGCACAGAGCCCCAUUGGCACUGACAACCACUUCAACUAGACUGGUACUACUGCUAAUGUCUCCAUGUGGUACCACAAGAAUUCUGUUUUCAGAAGAACUUUAUAGCCAGUUAGUUCAUUUUAUAAUUCAUGUAUUGUGUGAUGUUAUGAUUAACAUGCUAUGUCAUAUAUAAUCAUUGUAUUCUCAAUAGAUUUAAAUUGUAGGAUUAUAGAAAUAUAAGAUUGAUUGGUAGCCAGAAGGGAUAAGUAUAUAUUAUGUAUCUAAGUAAGUAGGGCUGAAACACAAGGCGUACAGGCUGAGGCCUGUAGGAUUUUAGCUUAGCCAUACUAGGCUACAAGAUUACAGGAAAAGAUGUGUGUAUGGGUGGUAUUGCAAAAAAUUAACAAUAAGAGUAAUUUUUUGCUUACAAGAUACCUGGUAGUCACAUUUUUCUAACACAUGCCCUAAUCGCAGGGUGCACUAUAUCCAUAAAUGCUAAUGAGGUAUAGUCAGAAUCACAUUAUAAAAAGAGGGUGCCCAGAUUGGGAAAGUUGAGUUCCUUAUGGGAAAACUCUAGCAGGAACUAUCCCUCUACUGAUGAUCAAUUGGCAAGGCAGCCAUCAGAGUUUAAGAAUAUCGUUAAGGAGGUAUAUUUGUAACUUGUGCAUAGGUCUUUAUAGGAUUUCUGUAUGCUUGGGUAAUCAUAACUUUAAUAAAACUUGAAACACAGACUAAACCUUGUACUUGUAAAUGUAUGAGUGUCACUAUCCUUGGUCUUUGUGUUCCUAGAGACUCUAAGUCUAAAACAAGUAGCAGAGGUGACUUUCACUCUGAGCUUGAAACUGUAGCCACCAGAGCCGAACCCAGGUUGGUGUAAUACCACGUUACAAAAUUAACUCGAAAUAAAAUAAAAUAAAAGGCUACAACUUAUUGGUAUCUGAAAUACCGGAAUCUCCUCGGUACCGAUAUUGCUCUGGUACACAUCACAUCCCCAGUGUGCUCGGCACUCUCACAUUCAAAACCACCAUCCAGAUCUUCUCCCUUAUCUAGUGAGGACGAUGAUGAUGAGGAAAAGGAUAUUUACUUCUUUCUCAGCAAUACUCCUCUCCCCACCUCAGACAACUACUAGACCAGACCCAUUGGUAAAGACCAGAUAUCAGCCUGAGGGUUAUGCACAUAGAUGGUACAGACAUACAUGGAUGCCACACAUGCCAUUCCGACAACAAUGGCCUUACUGGGAUCCAUGGGCUUACAUACAGGCAACAAUUUUCCAGGCCUCCUAGCACCCAUAGAGAGCUCAAGAUGCUCCCCAUCAGCCUCGUUAAGUAGACCCCGCUUCCUCCGCCCCCCCUCCCCCAACCUCAGGACAAGACUUUUGAGGACCAGGAGGAGAGGCUGGAUCAGGAAGUCACCCCACCAACCAGCUUUGUCCGGAGAGGAUAAGAAAAUACUAUCAUGCCUUCUCCACCGACAGCCAAUGAUUUUAAUCAGUUCCAAGAACUAUUUGAGAGAAUUGCAGACUCACUACACAUAUCUUUGGAAGAAGUUAUAGAGUCUUAACAUAAGUUACUGGAUAUACUCCAAACAUCAACUUCAUCAAAAAUUGCUCUCCCCAUAAAUGAGGCUCUGAUGGACCCAGUUCAGGCUGUCUAGCAGACACCUGCCACAGUACCACCCACCUGCAAAAGAACAGACAAAAAGUAUUAUGUCCCAUCUAAGGACAUGGAGUUUCUAUUUUCACAUCCCUCUCCAAAUUAGUUGGUGGUCAAGGCAGUGAAUGAGUGGAGCAGGCAACAUGCAUACUAGAAGUACCCCGUAUGAUAAAGAUUGGAAAUGGUUAGGCCAUUUUGGGUGCAAGGCCUACUUAUCAGCGACUCUGCAAUUUUAAAUUGCCAAUUAUGAAGCACUGAUGGCCAAAUUCAGUUACACCAACUAUUCAAAUAUGACUCAAUAAAUUUAGUCAUCUUUGAGGGGGGAACCCAACAAUUCUAGGCAAUUAUCUCGAAGGUCACCUUCUGGUUAGAAUGGCCUUACAAGCUUCCUUAGACACAGCCGACCCAGCUGCCCGAUAGAUGUCUCCAGUUGUAGUCAUGCGAAGGGCAUCAUGGCUUCACCUCUCGGGAUUUCCUGAAGAGAUACAAUCUAUGGUUGAAGAUCUUCCCUUCAAAGAAUCGAAACUGUGGACAAGAUGGAUGAAUCCCUUCAUUCCUUAAAGGAUUCAGUCUUUACGUAUCUACAUGCCUGCGCAAAAGAGAAGCCCAAAUAAAUAUCAUUCUGCACAGUGAUAGAGACCUGCUCCAUACGUUCCUCUGCAGAGACCAUAUGAUUUGCAAAGACAGAGGGUUACGAAAUGUAGGCCACCUCCAUCUCACCUCCACUGCUUUCCCCAGUCCCAUCUGCUUCAACCACCAUCAGUUUGGAGACUGCCUGACCCCAUUCUACCCAAUAUGGCAGAGUAUCACCUCAGAUAAGUGGAUGUUAGAAAUUAUCAGCACCAGAUACUCAGUUCAAUUUAUUUCCCUCCCUCCUUCCCGCCCUCUCUCCCCAUCCUACUUCAGGGACCUCUCUCAUUAGAACCUUUUAUGGAAGGAAAUAAACCACCUCCUGCCCUUGGGUGCUGUUGAACCUGUUUCGAUACAACACAGAGGGGUUGGCUUUUAUUCCAACUAUUUCCUAAUCUCGAGAAAGAACGGUCAGUGGACACUCAUUCUAGAUUUGAGAAACUCAUCAAAGUACACUAAUUCAGAAUGGUCACAUUAGCAACAAUAAUCCUAGCGCUGGAACAGGGGAUUGGUUCUUAACCCUCAACCUCCAGUAUGCAUAUUUCCACAUCACCAUACAUCCAUCAAACAGGAGAUUCCUCAGAUUCGUUCUGGAGCAGGAUCACUACCAGUACAAGGUACUUCUGUUUGGCCUUUCUGUGGCACCCGGAGUGUUCUCCAUGCACUUCUGCAAACAGGGAAUUAUGAUAUUCCCAUACUUGAAUGAUUUGUUUAUUCAAAGCCCCCUCUCGAGAUGAUAACAUAGCAGCAACACAAAGGACAAUGGCCCUUUCCUCACAAGUAGGCCUCCAACCAAACAUUAAAAAAUCAAUACUGAUACCUGCACAGCACCUAGAAUUUAUUGGGGCCUACCUCAAUGCAGUAGAGGCCAAAGCCUCAUUGCCAACUGUAACAGGGUGGCACUCACCUCUCGCAAGCACCCCCAUUGGCAGAGUGCGUGUGCCCACCCUUUCUGUAUGCCUUGCGGUGAGUCUUCAGCAACUGAGCCCUCCAGCCAAGUCACACACAGUCUGUAUUUGAAAUAAAAAGCCGUACCUUCCGGUGUACAAGUCCAACAGAGGCCUCUCUCAGUGCCCUCUGUAACAUCUCUUUACCUGCAGCCCUAUCCUUGGGCUUGCUCUUCAAUCAGUCCAGCAAGGCUUAUCAUAGUACUCUGGUUCAAACGGUCUCUCAGCCCCUUCUAUACUCUCUCAAAUUGUCCCUGCUCUGAUAUAGAACCGUGCCCCAGGGCUCCCUCCCUGGAGGCAACGUUUUCGCCCUCUUGGGGCCCUUCUGGACCCAGCUCUCCUGCUGGGCCACUAAAAGAAUUCAGUUCCCCCUUCUGGGGUGCAUCAAAAGUCCAGGCCACUUCCCCAAUGGCUAAUGGUGGUGGCAGGGGGAACAUGCGGGCCCAUCCACUACUCCCAAUCCCAGCCUAGGGACCUUAUAGAUAGCAGCCAUCCACUGCAUUCCUUUAAAUAAACUGCAUCACUGCUACAAUUCCCUGGGCCACUUUCCCUGGCCCCAGCACAUUCUUCACCAUUAUCUCAGGGCCUUGUCCUGGUUGAGUCCCAGCAGCCAGCCCAGAACGCCGUCUUGCUCCCCUCCCCCUAUCUCUGCUAGCACUGCUCUGUUCAAGGUCCUGUAGUUCCCUCAGCCAGCCAGGCACACCACCCACACUCCUCCAACUCCAGGAACUGAACUCACUCUGACCCUGCAGCUCUUUUUAUACUAGCCUGCUGGGCCCUGAUUGGCUGCUCCCUGCAGCCCCUUCUGAUUGGCUGCGUCCCAUACAGCCAUUCUAGGCAGUUUGGAGGACUCUCUCCACUGCCCUUUUCGGGGUGGGAGAGAAGUGGCAGGACCGUGAGGCCCAGGGCCGGCUCCAGGCACCAGCCCACCAAGCAUGUGCUUGGGGCGGCACCUGGA